AUGUCCAAGGCGAAGCAGCAGGCGUAUCAGUCCGCCCAACAAGGCCAAUCCUCCUGGUCCUUCGCCAGCGGCUUCAUCUUCGGCCAGCUCCUCCUCGCCCUCAUUCUCUUCACCUUCAUCAAGUUCUUCAUCUUCGGCGAGACACCCUCCGCGGACUCUCGCGCGACCUCACGAGCCGCGUCGCGCCGACAACGAACCCUCUCCCACACCCGACAACGCACACUAUCUACCGCGUUACGGCCGCGACCGAGCUUUGCUGUGCUGAAACCGCGGAACGAUGGGGGACUGACGGUGCAGAAGAUCUUAGAAAAGACGUAUUAUAAUGUGAGGGGCCACCAGCCGGAGAGUCUGGAUUGGUUCAAUGUCCUCAUCGCGCAGACGAUUGCGCAGUUGAGAGCUGAUGCGCAGGAGGAUGAGGCAGUUUUGGGGUCUUUGACACAAUUGCUUAAUGGCCCUAGCAAGCCGGACUUUAUCGACGAUAUACGGGUCACGGAGAUCAGUCUUGGGGAUGAGUUCCCCAUCUUCUCGAAUUGCAGGGUUAUUCCUGUCGAUGAGAAUGGGUCGCCGUUGAAGGAGUUGACGGGGCAGAGAGGGGAGAGGUUGCAGGCGAGGAUGGAUGUGGACUUGAGUGAUGUGGUUACGUUGGGGAUUGAGACGAAGCUGGUGCUGAACUAUCCGAAACCUUUUGUGAUGGUUCUGCCUGUAGCGUUGGCAGUGUCCGUGGUGCGGUUCUCAGGGACGUUGAGUUUGAGCUUUUCACCGUCAAAUCAGCCGAAUCCGUAUCCCGAGAAUGGAGAGGACGCUGAGGGGACGCCGCCUGGACAGCCGAAUAAGAAUGAAGGGCAUCCUUUGAACCCGACUGGGCAGAGUCCGACGACACUGACAUUCACGUUCUUGGACGACUACCGGCUGGAUCUGAGCGUACAUUCAUUAAUUGGAUCGAGAGCACGACUGCAGGAUGUACCGAAAAUUGCACAGCUGGUGGAAGGCAGAAUACAUCAAUGGUUCGACGAUCGAUGUGUGGAGCCGAGAUUUCAGCAGAUCGUGCUUCCAUCGCUCUGGCCUAGAAAGAAGAACACACGAGGAGGGGAGGAAGAAGCAGUGGCUGAUGAGACUACGGCCGAACAACGGACGAGAGACUGGGCAGCACAGCACUCAGGGCCAACAGUCGGCAAGCGUAGGGACGAUGGAGACAAGAGGAAAGAAGAUCUUAGCGAGAUCGAAAUCGCUGGCCAGGAGAUGCGAGAGGCUGACGAGAGAGAUCGGAGGAAGAAGCUUAACAAGGUUCGUUCUGACCUCGAUCGUGAUGGCAGCAGUUUGAGGAUGCGGACAGGGAGGGAUGUGAGCCAUGAAGGGAGUGCGCAAGGGGUGAAGGCGAUGUCUUGA